GAAAAGGAAAAGCCCAUCCUCACACACGCCCCGACCAAACGCCUCGAUGUCUACGUCUUCGGCUCCAACUGCUACGGCGAACUCGGCCUCGGAGACGCGACCAAGAAGGCCGAGAUCACGGGCCCCGUCCUCAACCCCAAGAUGCCCGCUGAUGGUCUCGGUCUGGUGCACAUUGUCUCGGGCGGUGUGCACUCCGCGGCGCUGACGCACGACAACCGCAUCAUGACCUGGGGCGUCAAUGACGAGGGCACCUUGGCGCGAGACACCAAGGAGGACAAGAAGUCGGUGGAGGCGCGCGAGGAUGAGAGCGAGGAUGAGGAUGAGGUCACGCAGAAUCUGAAGGAGGCGACCCCUGGGCAGGUCGACGCGUCGCUGUUCCCCGAGGGGACGGUGUUUACUCAGCUGGAGGCGACGGAUAGCGCGACGUUUGCUUUGACGCAGGAGGGUUUGGUGUAUGGGUGGGGGACUUUCCGAGGCAACAGUGGCAAGAUCGGCUUCUUCGAGCCCGACAAGAAGAUCCAGGAAAAGCCAGCCCUCAUUCCUGGUGUUGACAAUGUCAUCAAGCUCGCAGCGGGCGCCCAACACAUGCUUGCCCUGACGGCGAGCGGGCUCGUCUACACCUGGGGCUGUGAGGAGCAGUUCCAGCUGGGCCGCCGACUGCUCGGUCGCGUGACGAGCGCCAACCCGCUGCACCCGGGCCUGUGCGCACUGCCGACAAAGAUCGUGGACAUCGGCGCCGGAUCGUACCACUCGUUCGCGGUGCGCCAGAACGGGGCCGUCUACGGCUGGGGAUCGAACAACUUCGGACAGACGGGCAUCGCCGCACGGGCCGGCGAGAGCGACGCGGUCGUGCAGUACCCGACGGAGGUGAAGCCGCUGCGCAAGCACGCCGCCGGCGCAGUGACGGCCGUCGAGGGCGGCAAGGACCACAGCCUGGUGGUGACGGAGCAGGGCAAGUGUCUGAUCUGGGGCCGCAUCGACAACAAGGCGUUGGGGCUGGACCCGGCGACGAUGGCGGAGGAGGACGUCGUGCAGGACGACCUGGGCCGCGCGCGCAUCCUCAAGACGCCCACGCUGCUGCCGGGGAUCGAGGGCCAGAUUGCGUCCGUGGCGUCUGGGCCGGACCACUCGUUCGCGAUCACCAAGGCCGGCCUCGCCUACAGCUGGGGCUUCAACACGAACUACCAGGCGGGCCAGCCGCACCGCGACGGCAACGAGGACGUCGAACGGCCCACCCUGCUGCAGAACAAGCACAUCACGGGGAAGAAGAUCCUCUUCGCGGCGACGGGCGGCCAGUUCGGCAUGUUAGCCGGUGAGCACGGCCAUCCGGUUGUCGAUAGUCCGCAGACCAACGGUGCUUGA